UAGUGUACAUCCGCUACAUACAACGUGACUUGGGGGUGGAGACUUUAUAGUUUGUGUUAUUAAACUAUACCGUUGACAAGUCUAAAUAGCAGGGGUAUUUACGUAAGGUAAAGUCCUAAAAUGAGCUCUAGCGGGAAAACCAUUACGGUCAUUGGAAGUGGUCUGAUUGGCCGGUCUUGGGCGAUGGUGUUCGCCAGCGGAGGCUACAGAGUCCGCAUCUAUGACAACCAGCCAGGCUUGGCUGCCAAGGCCGUCACAGAGAUCAGGAAGCAGCUGGGGGAGCUAGAGGAAGCCAGCACGUUGAGAGGCGAGCUGAGCUCCUCUGAUCAACUGGCUCUGCUGAGCAGCCACGAUGACCUGAAGCAGGCACUAGAGGGCGCCUUCUUCGUCCAGGAGAGUGUAUUCGAGGACCUGGCCGCCAAGCAGAGCGUGUUCCAGGCGGUGGAGUGCCUCGUGGGGUCGGAGGUCAUCCUGAGCAGCUCCACUUCCUGCCUGUUGCCAAGCAACGUCUUCUCAGCAGUCCAGAUGCCGAACCGCUGCAUCGUAUCACACCCGGUAAAUCCUCCCUACUACGUCAAACUGGUGGAGUUGGUGCCCCACCCUGCCACACUGGGGGCCGUGAUGGACGCCACACACACCCUCAUGACUCAGGUUGGCCAGUGUCCGGUGCGUCUCAACAAGGAGAUCGACGGCUUCGCCCUCAACAGAGUCCAAUAUGCCAUCAUCGCAGAGUCCUGGAGGCUCGUGGAGGAGGGGGUCAUCUCUGUCCGGGAUAUUGACCUGGUUAUGUCAGAGGGCCUGGGCAUGCGCUACGCCUUCAUCGGUCCUAUGGAAACAAUGCAUCUGAAUGCACCCGACGGUCUGGAGGACUACCUGCGGCGCUACAGAACUGGGAUGAGGAGGGUGCUGAGCUCUGCAGGACCAGUGCCUCAGUUCUCUGGAGAAGCAGCGGAGCGAAUCACCAAGGAGAUGAGUGAGUUGAUCCCCAGCCAGCCGGAGCCCCUGUCAGCCAGGAGGGAGCGGAGAGACCAACUCCUCAUGGGUCUGGCCCGCCUGAAGAAGGAGAAGCCCUGAGACCCAACCUCCUCUGGCCACACCAACUCGGACCUGCUCUCUCUGUGAACCCCGGGGUUUACAAAGUAAAAGUCCUGCUGGAUCCUAAGUCUGUGGUUCUCAACUGGUCUGGCCUUGGGACCCACAUUUCCCCGUGGUCAAGUUGCGACCCACCUUUAUACAUUUCAAACCAGGCUAUUUUAUUCAAAAAAAUGAGCUUGUAAACACAAAUACACUAUUUCAUCAUGACAUGAGUAAACAAAUAUUUUCAUCCCUGCAAUCAAAACACAUUACUUCUAUAGAUGUUCAAGUCCUCGACCCUCAAAUCUUUGAACCACUUUUGGGUCGCCACCCACCAGUUGAGAAACACUGUCCUAGAUCAUCCAGUAUCUUGGUGGUUAACAUUGGUCAGAUAUAGGUUGUUUUGGUGCUAAAUUCUCAGCAGAACUUUUAUUUUGUGAAAUUUGAUUUUGUAUCAGGAAUUUACCUUUGGGAAAGUUGACUUUUCCUCUGUGCUGAAUUAAAGACCUCUCCUUGUGACAUUGUUAUGAAGUUAAUGUAUUAUAAAUUGAAAAUAAAAAGGGAGUGGGCAGUAGGUCUACAUUAGGAGUGUUGGUUUUAAAUAUCAAUCACGUUUUUUCUGUUAAUUAUUAUGACAGCCAUAUUGUUGGCCAACAAUGAUUAACACACUUACAAUAAAAAAUUCUCACAAUUACA